UGAAUCACACACGAUGGCCCUCGGUCGAUUUAAGCAGGAAAAGCUAGCACUGCCGUCGCCGCCGGAUAAGCCCGAGAGAGUUUAACCCGAGCUAGAUCGAGGGAAAAUAGGUAGAUGAGGGAGGAAUGGUCCCUAGGAUACCCAAGUGCGGGUGGCGUUCUCGAAGCCUCCGGGGGGGCGGCGCUAGGAAGGACCUCAGCCCGAGAAGAGCUUUGUCGGGUUCGGCGGUUGGGCAGAAGCGAAGGAAGGAGUUGGGCUCCCGCUCUCUUUGCCCCCGGCUCCUUCUGCCCCUCCUCCCCCUCCCCCUCCUCGUGACGGAGUUGGUGUGGGUCGGGGAAAAUCCGCGGAACCAUCUUCUGUUCAUCCGCAUGCGGGGGCGGCGUUUCCUCCUCUCCCUGGAAACGCCCCCGCCUCCCUUUCCUUUUUUGCUGGCUUCUUGCAGCCCCUCCCGUUACAGUUCAUCCGUGCCAAUCACUUUCCGCAUCUCCUGCUCUGCAAAUGCUACCCGGUGGGAGCGAGUCAAGUGCGCAGGCAGACCCUUUCUAAAAAUAGGGAAGGGGGACCCAGGCAGGGGCGGGAGGGGGCUGCUGUGAGCCCGAACGGUGCGUGGCUCGCCGCUCUUCCCCAGCCGCUGCCCGACUGCUCGCGUAGACCUCGUCUCCUCUUGGUCCGCCGCCCCAGUCCCGAAGGAGGCGAGCAGGCAGGAGCGAACCUCUGCACGGCCGGAUGGCGGCGUAGCGGCGCCCAGUAGGCAGCGCGGUAGCUCGUCUGAAGGCUCUUUUCCGCGGUCCCCCGCCCACUCUCCCUCCCACCCUGCCUCCCGUUCUCAGCCCUUGCUGCCGCUGCCGCCGCCGCCCGCGAGAACGGAGUCUACGUUUCACUGAGGCCGUUCGCGAGCGUUUGUCUCUGCUCGCUCCCGAGGGACCUGCUCUGCCGCCACAGGAGAGCUUGCUCGCUCGUUCGCUCGCUCGCUCUCUCGCGCAACCGAGGAUGCUGCUGUUGCCGCAAUUGCCGCUGCUGGGGGCCAGAAGUGGAGUGUCGGGCCGGCGCUGAGGGACCCUCCCGUGCGCCCCUCCCCUCCCGGUUUCUCCUUUCCUGCCUCCCCAAUGUUUAAAUGCUUCAUGUGAUUAAAAAGCAGCCGCCGCAGCACCCCGACGUCGGGCACCCAGGAUAUCGGUCGCGGGCACCGGCCCUUCCUGCGCGCCGAGGAGGGCGACGAGCGCGGCUCCCUUCCACCCCUUCCGCCCUCCCCCUUCCCUCCCUUCCAUGGUCCUGGAGGUGGAAAUGUGGAGAUUUCAGGCACGCAGGCUGACUGGAUUCGUCUCUGCUUUGGCAGCUCUUUGUCUAGCCUGCUGCGCCCAAAGCCCAGCCACUGGGAAUAUAUCCGUGGUUAAAGAUAUUGUGGACAAAUUGCUGAAAGGGUACGAUGUCCGUCUCCGGCCUGACUUUGGAGGUAACCCCGUUACUGUUGGAAUGAGCAUCCAUAUUUCGAGCAUUGAUCAGAUUUCUGAAGUGAAUAUGGACUAUACCAUCACCAUGUAUUUCCAGCAAAGUUGGCGAGAUAAGCGUCUAGCAUAUAGUGAUCUAGCUCUAAAUCUCACCCUGGAUAAUCGGGUGGCUGACCAGCUGUGGCUCCCUGACACAUAUUUCCUAAACGACAAGAAGUCCUUCCUGCAUGGGGUAACAGUUAAGAACCGGAUGAUCCGACUUCACCCAGAUGGGACUGUUCUUUAUGGUUUGAGAAUCACUACCACAGCUGCUUGCAUGAUGGACUUAAGGAGAUACCCCCUUGAUCAGCAAAAUUGCACUUUGGAAAUUGAGAGCUAUGGCUACACAGUUGAUGACAUCGUGUUCUUUUGGCAAGGAAAUAAUUCAGCUGUGACAGGGAUGGAGGUCCUUGAGCUGCCCCAGUUCACCAUCAUUGAGCAAAGGCUUGUCACCAGAGAAGUGGUCUUUACUACAGGUUCCUAUCUUCGCUUGUCACUCAGCUUUCGAAUAAAACGGAACAUCGGUUAUUUCAUCCUUCAGACAUACAUGCCUUCCAUUCUCAUCACGAUUCUUUCCUGGGUCUCUUUCUGGAUCAAUUACGAUGCCUCUGCAGCCCGGGUUGCCCUAGGGGUCACCACAGUCCUCACCAUGACGACCAUCAACACGCACCUUCGGGAAACCCUGCCCAAAAUCCCCUAUGUCAAAGCCAUCGACGUCUAUCUCAUGGGCUGCUUUGUCUUUGUGUUCCUGGCACUCCUGGAAUAUGCCUUCGUCAACUACAUUUUCUUCGGCCGGGGCCCCCGGCAGCAGAAGAAACAGAGCGAGCGUCUCAACAAGGCAGCUAACGAGAAGCACCGCUACGAGGAGAAGCGGGUGAGAGAGCAGGUGGACCCUUAUGGCAACAUUCUCCUCAGCUCUUUGGAAAUGAACAAUGAAUUAUUAGCUUCUGAUAUGAUGACAACAGGAGGAGAAUCACGAAACUCUGUCAUGUCCUAUGAAGGAUCAGGAAUCCAGUUCCGCAAGCCGCUGGGACCCCGAGAUGGCUUUGGACACCACCCACCACUAGAACGCCAUGUCCCAUUGACCCAUCAUGCGGCAGCCCGUAAUCGUGCCAACUGCCGACUCCGCCGACGAUCGUCCAAACUGAAGCUCAAAAUUCCUGACCUGGCAGAUGUCAGCACCAUUGACAAAUGGUCAAGGAUCAUUUUCCCCAUCACUUUCGGAUUCUUCAACCUGGUUUACUGGUUGUACUAUGUAAAUUGAUGCCUGCAGAUCAGAGGAAGAAUAGGGGAAGACACUCAGACUAUGACAACAACACAGGAGUGUGGCGAUCUUUGGGGUUUGGUUAUUCUCUUGAUUAUGACCAAUUUUUCACUCCAUCCCCACCUUUGAUUUACAUUUCUGCAAAUCGUUAUUCCUCUUUUCAGCACAUGAUGCACACACAGUUUGUGUGGUGGGCUAUGUGGGUUUGUUGAAGGGGGAGGGAAUGGUUUUCAGGGAUUUUCCUACCUUCCCUCCCUCCCCCUCUCUUAUGCUUGAAAUACUUCACCCCCAGGGAUGGGUAGUGGGGAGAUAAUCUCUGUCUCUUUUAAUUCAUUAUUUCAGCUAAUUUAGUUAUUAGGAUAGUCUUGCAAAAGUUAGCUCUAGAAUGUGUUGGCAAAUGCCUGGCCAUCAUCUCAUUGACUCACAGAUUGUGCAGUUCCUUACCGGUAAGGUUAUUCCAAGAGUUUUUCUUUCUUCAUGGAUUGAUUCUUUUGAAAGACAUUCUCCCACAGCAUGAGUUUCCUUUAUUUUGUCUCACCUUCUAUCUUAUAGGUGCAUAAGGGUUUGUUUAAAACAAUAGAACCCUUAUUUUGCAACCGUUUGGCAGAAAGGGAAACUUACCCAUGGGGGAGGGGGGACAUCUGCUGUGAGCGUGUUGAGGACAAAGGCAUGUUUGCAAGCUGCAUUUAUGACUUUCACACUUUUGGGAGGGUUUGCUUUCCUGGGGUGAAUGUAUACUUUCUGGGGUGAGGGAGGGAUUUGUAUCGUCCAUUGGUGGAAUAGAAUCGAGAGUCGUAGGUGUAAAGGAAGGCGGUAGCGAUGGCUGCUCUGUACCCCUCCUUCAGGUUGACUUUGCCCGGGUUGGGUGGGCCCCUUUGGGGCUGCCACAGCUUUCCCUGCCACUGCCGUUAUUUCUUGAUGCCAGAGAUGGACUUGAAAACAUCUCAGGUGGCACUAAAGCUUAGAUAGAUCCUUUCUACAGUUCUUUUUAUAAUCUCUUUUGAUUGGAUAUAAUGUAACCUAGGAAUAGAGUCCAUGAAGUUAUAAUUAUUUGCAAAUUCCAAUGAGCAAAAUUGUGGACCAUGAUCUGUGGUUUAUUUAUUUUUAUUUUAUUACUUUAUUUUGUCUUCGAUUUUAUUUACAGAAUAACAGAGUUGGAAAGGACUUUCGAGGUCUUAUAGUCCAACCUCCUGCUAGGCAGGAAACCCUACACCAUUUCAGACAAAUGGUUGUCCAAUCUCUUCUUAUAAACUUCCAGUGAUGGAGCAUCACAACUUCUGGAGGCAAGUUGUACCACUGAUUAAUUGUUCUGUCAGGAAAUUUCUCCUUAGUUCUAGAUUAGUUCUCAUCUGCUGCUUCUUAUCCUGCCUUCAGGUGCUUUGGAGAAUAGUUUGACUCACUCUUUUUUGUGGCAGCCCCUGAAGUAUUGGAGCACUGCUACCAUGUCACCCCUAGUCCUUCUUUUCAUUAAACUAGACAUACUCAAUUCCAGCAAUCGUUCUUUAUAUGUUUUAGCCUCUGAUCCCAUAAUCAUCUUUGUUGCUCUUCUCUGCACAUCUUUUUUUACAUAGUGGCAACACAAUGUAAAAUUUAUAUACAAUGUAUAAUGUACAAAAUUAUACCAUGUAAUGGUAUAAUGUAAAAUUUAUUUAAUUUAUAGGCUGCCCCAUUUCCAAACAACUCUGAGUGGCUGACAAUAAAAAAACAAUUUAUUAAAAGAAACACAAUAGAAGAGCAAAAUCCAAAAACAUCAAGAUAAAUAAAGCUAAAUAAAACAAUAUCUUCAAAGAUUCCACAAUUUAUGAAAAGAGAUAACGCAAAUUUAUUAUUUGACUAAAAAAAAUUCUACACAAACUUCACAAAAUUUAGAAAAACAACUAGUACAAAAUGUUUUUAAAAUUCAAAUAUAGUCAUUCCCAACUUCUGCUGAUAUCUCAUUAACUAAUCCAAUUUCUAAUUUCUAAACUAAUUUCUGUUGAUGCUUUAUUUUUCUGAAAAUCUGAUAUACCUUGUAUAUUAUCUUUGGAGUAUUCACGCCUAGCCAAAAGAAAACCUUUAAAGGCCUUUGAUAUAUUAUUUUCAAAUUCUUACUGCUAGCUGUUCAAGUAUGAUCACUGUAUCAUUCUUGAAAAGUAAAUGUUUAACUUUUUUCUUUAAUUCUAAUAUUUUUUUACAUUCUCUGGAACGCUUUCCUUUUUGAGACAUGCUCAUUUUGAUUUUAAUUUCAUGUUCCUGAAUAAUUGUAACAAUCUAUCAUUUAAUGUAGCAUCUUUAAAUUCUUCCACUUUUCUAUCAUAAAGAAGGCAUCCUGUACAUUGUUUUGUCAAAGACCUCUGUACCGGCAAACCACGUGCAAUUACUGGCUAUUUCCAGAUUUAAACAUUUGUUGUUUAAUUAAUAUUAAACAUUAAUAACCAACUUUGGAUUCCUACACAUGAACAGUAUAACAGUUCCUUAAAAACAGCUUGCAAAGAUUUAUGAUCAGUCUCUAGUAAAAGUUGUUUUCUGGAAGUAGCAAGAAUUCUUGUACAUCCAAAAAUGAUAGCUAACAUUUCUUUUUCUAUCUGAGAAUAAUUUCGUUGUGCUUUACACAUGGCUUUGGAGAGAUGCCAGAGGAAAUCUUCCUGGUGGAAAUACUGCACCUAAAUCAGAUGCACUGGCAUCUACUGACGACACAGUUUUUCACCUUAUAUAGUAACAUGGGUGCCUUUGUUAACAACCCUCUUAAUUUAUUAAAUUUGUCUUCAUCAAUUGGCAUCCACUGUAAUUCCAUUUCUGGAAGAUGUUUUGCUAAAUAAUUGAUCAUACUUAAAUAUUGCUCAGUACAUUAACAAUAGUUUCAAUCUUCAUUUUGUCAGGUUUCACAGCAGUGCAGUUAGCAUAUGCCCCAAAUGCUUUACCUCAUUUAAGCUAAGCAUAUAUUUUCAUUUAUUUUAUUUUAUUUUUUUCUCUACCUUUUUGAAAGCUUGUUAAUUCUUGUGUUCUUGUUUAUCCCUAACCUAUGCCAGAACAUCACCAUUAAAUGCCACAAAGCACUGCUUCUAAAUCAUCUAGAAUCUGCUGCAUUUUAUAGAUUUCUGGGGGAAAAAGAAAUAGCAAAUAAACUUUUAAAUUUGUACUUAUCAAAUUUUAAAAAUUCAUCUCUCCAAACUCCUGUAAUCUAACUGCAUUUUUUUAAAAAAACUACUUGCAUUGAAAACGAUAAACAAUUGUGUUCCCACAAAUUCUUCUUCUACAGUUAGUAACAGUGUUUUCUUAAAAUAGCUUUAUUUAAAUUCCUGGAACCAAAACAUAUCUUUGUUUCCAUCCUGGUUUCUCCAUAAUUAGUACUCAGUUUACUUAUUCAGUAGAGUCAUUCACUUUUAUUACAACCCCUUGUUCCACUCUAUUCAGUUCUUGUUCCAUUUUUAUGAUUACCAGACUAUUUCUUGGUGCACAGGAAGUACUUGUUAAUUCAAUUUGAUUCAUUUAAAUUCAUUUAAAUUCAAUUCAAUAAUGUCCUGUUAGGUAUCCUAAUUAAAAAUCAAUUUUUAAAUGUGUAUGCUGUAUUACACAUGACUUUAAAAUUCUACUUCUUGCAAAAACUCUCAAUACAAGUUUUAAAUGAAUUACUAUGCUUAACCUAAAGUAGUCCUUGUUUUAAAAUCCACAACUAGAACUUUAAUAUCAAACUCAUAUUUAUACCUGCAAUUUAUUUCACAUUUCCCCCCCUGGAACUACUCAAUAAGACCCAGCAUUUACUUAUGCCCCCAUAAAUUUCAAUUUUGUAACAAUCUAUAAUUAAAUAAAUGCCCCGUUCAUCUUUUAUUCUCUCUAUUUAAAAAACACUGGUCAAAAGUUCUUCAUUCAGAGCGCAUAAGAUGUUUGCCAUUAGUUUUAUACAGUUUUGCAAAAUGAAGGAGCUUUGCUCUGCCUCAACAGCCCGGCAGGUUGUUUCAGGAGGAUAAACUCUAGAUAGGUUUUUCCACUCUCUGGCCUUUGGCAUCCCAAGGGAUUGCAAAGAUGUAGCUUUUGUUGAAUUUAAGGUUUUACUGCUCAGAAUUUCAGUUUCCUUUUAACUGCGUUACAGCUGACUCCUCAGCUCUACAGACAUCAACAGCAUCUUCCAACAUUAAUCAUCGUUCUGUAACUCUUUGGAGUUUCAUUCCAUACAUGAUACAAUCUUUAAAGAGUUCCCCCAAAAUGUGCUGCAAGUUUUAACUCCGUUACAGAGCGGAUAAUAUCUCCUUUUUGUUUCUUUGUAGGCCUUUCAUAAUGUAAUAUUCUCAGUCAAUACACAGUUAUUUUCACGUUUCUCAAACAAUUUUUGCAGCUUUUGCUUAUCAGAUUCCUGGUCAGACUGCAGUAAAGACUUUGCUUGCCUCAUCUCCAGCAACAUGCAGAAACAGACUGCCUGUAAUUUCUCGCUCUUUGCAUUAAGCCCACUAUCACACAAUGCAGCUCAAGUCUUUGCAACCAUUUUCUCCGGUUUUCAGCACGUCCUGCAAAAACUAACCUAUCUGGGAUUGCAGCUAAUCUGUACUAGAAAUUCCAAAUUUUCUCGGUUUUCUUUUGAUAUCAUGCUAUAUUUGUUCUACCACUCACAAACAGAGAUAACCAAAAUCCAUAUCAAGUACUCCUGUAAAUUUUACUGCUAUCGGUUUACAUUAGGUAUAAAAAGCUGCUUGUCAGCACCCAGAGGUAACUCUUUUGAUCUCAUCUACCCCAAUUAUAAUUUUCCUGUCAAGAAGUACAACUUGUAACCACCCCAACUCUCACGGUGGCCACACUGAUGCCCAUAUGUAAAAGGAGCCAGGAGGGUCUCCGUAGUUGGAGGCCAGCUGCAAUUAGAACAACCAUUGCUCCACUUUUCUCUGGUUGUGGAAAUCUAUACGGGAAAUCAAAUAAUUAUGCCUGGAGGUCUCUAUGAAGUAAUUGUCAAUAGUGAUGACCCCACAAGAAUGUGUGUGCCAACAGAAUAUUAACUGAUGAAGGAAUCCUUUAUUUUCUUAUUUUCUCAAUCUUGCAAAUACACACAUUUUCCUUCACUCGUGCAGUUAAAAUUGCUCCAUGUCCAGCUCUUGACAUAAAUAAUCUAGGAAAGUUUGUACUUCCAAACAAAAAACAAAAAACAAAAACCUGACCUUGACCAUGGAAAAGGGAGAAUAGUUGAGUUGCUGUGACUUGUCACUAUUUGGACAAAGAUUUCGGCUACCUAAAGGCAAUCGUGUCUGUCCACUUCUACCGUCUCUACACCCAACCCCAUAAUUAACAUCCUUUUGAUAACUGCAGCCAGUUCUCAUUUGACUCUAUCAAAAUGGCUCAAUUUCUGUUCAUUAGUAUGCCAGUCAAAAAAAAUCACAAGGUCAUCUUUCUGACAGUUGUGGAGCAGCCAGGAGCUUCCUGGACAUCACUCUUUCUAUCUUGAUUCUUCUUGUGCUUGUUUUCUAGGUCAUCCUUGAUCAGCUUUUCAAAACAUUUUUGUUCAAUCUUCUUUGAUGCAUGCAAACAGUUGAGAUUUAAUCUGCUUCUCUACUACUGGAGAAGUAACACAGAAGAGAACAGGAGCAGAAAAGAUCUUGAUGAAAAUGCUUGAUGAGUCUGCUGAUCAUCCUGGACUAAUCAAAACUCAGGAUGAAGUAUUUCCAUCACAAUUCCUUUUCGGGGAGAGAGGAGGAGAAAGAAAAAGAAAUAUUAAUAAAUAAUGUCAGAACUCUCAGGACAGCACAAACUAUAGGCAUGCUUUGUUUUCUUCUGCUGGCACAAAAUAGGGCCACCACCACUCAGGGACUUUUGUGAAUUGUGGGUGCCAUCCAAUCAAUCGCUCCAUAUUUCAAUACCCCACUCCUUCCUCAGGGAGAAAAAAAACCCCCAUGUAUAUGGAUUAAACAGUAGACAAGAGAAAAGAAAUGUGGACUGAAGUCAGCAUGAUGUUUUGGAGGCCAAGCUUCAUCUACCAAUUUGCCUAAUCAAAUUGCUGAGCCACGAUUGGGGGUGAUCUCAGCUCAGCAAAUGUGAUAUAAGGACUUGCAGGAAGCUAAGCAUUGUACAGGAAUGGCUAAAAUGCAACCAGAGUCCUGAUAGAAUAAUUCAUGAAUGGGGAAGGAAAACUAAUAAUUAACAUUGUUAAAUAAUUAAUGGCAUGUCAGAGAGUCAAGGCUACAGAGAAAUGGAGCUUAGCAGCUGUGGGGUAAUUCCUUCAAUGUCAGAUGGGUCAGUUGCACCAUCCAGACCAACUGAGCCUUCUGAUUGGCUCAUCAAGCCAUCAGCAUAGGAAGGGUGGGUUGGUUGGGACCAAGUACCUGAAGGGUCUCUAUUGUUGCUUUGCAUGAAAAGGUCCCUGAUUUGAAUACCACUGCUCAGUGCAGGCCAAACCAACCUACCUGGUUAGCCUUAGAAUUCAAUGCAAGGAUGAUUUCUGUGUUGUGUGACUCUCCUUCAGAGAGUAAAGGGAGGAAAAGGUUUGUCAGAGAGGCCGCCAGCCCUGUGUACGUGUGUGUGAUUUUUGUUUUACAAUUUUGUUGUUCGAUUCUCUAGGCAAGCAAAUCGGAUGGAACAAGCAGGACAGCAGGAGAAGUGUAAUUUUUCAGAAAGAGACUUAAUUUGGAAACAUGAACAAGGAAUGUUGCCCCUGCCGCUGGCAUUCUUGUGUUUGGUUGCAUUAAACAACAGGAAGUGGGGAAAGAUAGAGUUUAGUCACAUGCCACAAGCUUGAUUUAGCACCAGUUUCUCUUCUGUGGCCUCCCCAUAUGAAAAAAGGGUGGGGGAGGGGGACGUUGGGUCUGGAAAAUAAAGGAAACACUGCAGUUAUUUUUGCCCUUUGGCAAAUAAUAAGCGGUAGAAAUCCAAGGAUUUCUCUGCCUGGGAAAAACACUGUUUUCUGUUUCUCGUAUUUCAGAAAAAAGAAUUGGAGAUCUGAUCCCAAUGCACAGUAAUGAGCAAUAUCAGUAUGUGGGAAUCCUCCAUUAGAAUCAGGCCAAACCUAUUACCAAAAAAUUUUUUAGAAGGGAUUGGAAAAUUAAGUUCCCUGCUCCGGUUUUUCAGCACUGCUGUGUUCUUGCCUAGUGUUUUUUUUGAGCUAGCACAGUAGCUCUGAUCAACGUAUCGGCGUAUGAAGCAUACGGGACAGUUGAAGAACAAUCGUAUACUUAGUAAGGCUUUACUGUCUUCAACCUGAGAAAAACAAUCCUACAUGCUGUCUGGUUGUUCUCUCCCUGCCAACCUUGUACAACAUGCGGAUUGUUAUCUUAUGGAUGUAGGACUAUCCCAGGGGAAGAAAAGUCUUUCCAUGGCUGCACAACUAGCGCCAUUAUUCAUCGUGUUCUCUCUUUUCCCUUACUAAAGUUUCAUGCUGUCCGUCAUUGGUGAAUAUUUUAACAAUAGUUCUGCCCCUCACAAGAGGAACACAUUAAUUGACCCAACAGCCUGUAUAAAUCUCAUUUUUAUGCAGAAAAAUAAGGUGACAAUAUUUUAAAUACAGAGGUAAACAUGAAUAGAAAUGGUAAGGUAAACAACUUGUGUAGUUCCAAGAGUACAAAUUUAAUAAUGAUAAUAACAUCUGCCCAUCCCAGAUCCUUAGAAAUGACUCAAUAGGUGGAUUGAAAUGCCAAAUACAGUCUAAACAUCUGGUUGACUGUGUAAUGAAUCAUAAUAAUAAUAACAUAGAUGAGAUAGUGGCACAUAAGUCUAAUAAAUGAAGUAAAUAUGAUAGCAUUAUAGGUUCUUGGGGAAAAAUUGGAUACAUAUGAAGACCAACACCAGCUAAAGAAUCAGCAGCUGUGUUUUCAUAUGUUCGUAUGCUCUAUAAUAAUACUAAUCCCCGCUGUAAAUGAUGGACAAGGUCUGGAAAAGAACAGUAUGGAGGACUAAAACGGGAACAGAUGAGUUAACUACAUGACAUUCAUAAGAUGCCAUGAACAAGCAUUUACAUCCUAGCAUCAGGAAAAUUUCUAAAUGAAAUGCUAUUGUAUGCAAUCAACCACCCUUUCAGGAGUGGGAGAACUCCCAGGCUCAAUCAUGCCACAGGGCUCAACAGUGGAGGGGAGUUCAAUAGUGAACAGUGAACUGGAUGGCUCACUUGCAGUGAUAAAUGUUGAAACGUGGCACUAAAUAAGUAGAUUCAGUUCCAAUGUAGCCAUGGUGCAGGAAGUGUUCACCUUCCUCUCAUGGCUGGCACUGGCUUAUGCUGCUUUCGUACCUACAUUUGAGGACAGAAAAAGGCGCUGCUUGGCCAGGCUGGAAAUGAUGGUGGGAAAUUGCAGGAAGGAAGCCAAAUGGACAGAGUCCUUGGCAAGAUUGCCACCAAAGCCAUUAAGAGACAUCAAAGGUGGUAUCUAAUUCCCAAAUUUGCCUACAUGAUGAUGAUGAUCUUUUUUUCUAAAGAAUUCUCCUGUUUCUGUCCUGGGGCAAGCAACGUAUUACACAUGAAUAGACUUCCUAAGUGCCAUAUAAUUUAUAAUGACAGAAUUAGUGUUUGUGCCAAGUGGGGAUUCUAAACUGCGCCGGAUAGAAAUGAAAGGAAGUAACUGCUGGGAGACCAGGCAGCGUUUACACGACGUUUCAGUGAAAAGAUUCCAAAAGAGCUCCUGGCAGGGAAAAGCUGACUUGGUCUUGCCUGCAACAGCUGGCAAUUUAUAUUGUAGCAAACUUCUACCCAAACCGGAAAAUGGUGCCAAGGAGAAAGAAGACCCUGCAUUUCAUUGGUACAUCCCACCUUCCCUAUUUGGAUGGAAAAAGAAAACUCAGUGAGUUUAGUGGGAUUUGACUUCACUCUUCUUAGCAUCCACUUUCUCUCAGGCUUUGUAAAGUCGCAUUCCAAACUUUAGGAAAAUGCGGCUUUCCAAACAAAGUCUCUUUAAAAGGAGUGAGUAGAAGGCUGUCAAAUAUCACCUUUCUCAGCUGACCCAGGUCAGUCAAAAGGCAUCUGAAUCUGGACAGGAGACUGAAAAUAUACAGGUCAUCUGUGUUAUCACGUAAACUUGUGGUACGUGAAGCCUUUUAUACUCUUAUUAGAACUUGUUAUCGUCUGUAUGCUGCCGAUGCUUAAGCUCUGGAUCUGGCACAGGAACGCCAGUUCCAGUCGAGAGUGCCGAGAAUCCUUUCUGCGGCCAAAAUCUGGCAGGGGAGGAGAGCAGUGAUGGGAUUCAGCCAGUUCGCACCACUUUGGGAGAACCGGUUGUUAACUUUCUGAGCAGUUUGGCAAACUGGUUGUUGGAAGAAAUCAUUAGGACAGAGAACAGGUUGUUAAAUUUCUUGAAUCCCACCACUGGAGGAGAGCCACAGGCGCCUUUGCAGGGGCCUUAGUCCAAAGGAGGCAGUGACUAAAGAAAAAAGGAGACUGGGCCCGGUCAAAAUUUGAAUAUUACCUGAGUGAAUUCAGCUGAAAGUAAUAAUGCAUAUAUACACACCAAUGCAUUUCACCAAGUAAUUCCCCUAUCGUGUUAAAAUUAAGUGAAACUGCAAUUCAUUGGCAAGUUUUCAAAUUGCUCUGGAGGUCUAUAGAGGACUACUUGCUCAGGACAUUUUCAGGGCUGUAAUUAAGUUAGGUGCUUUGGGUGUCGGUAUUACUUUACGUUUAGGCAACAGGAAUUUCUGCUCAAUAAUUUAAAUUUGAAACAAGUUUUAGACAUGUGCUAUGGCCAUUUAUCUAAAACUGGCAUAGUUUCACAAGGCAAACAACGCUGCAGUUGACCAGGAGGCGUUAAUUUAGCUCUGUGGUGUCAAUGGCCAUCUCUAUAGAGAUCAAGACAGAAGACUUUAGCCGCAUCAGAACAUUCACCAGAAGCCACAAGAUAUGCCCCUUCUGUCUUCUAAGAGACCAUCUGAUCGACUUUAAGUAAAGCCAGGAAAAGGCAGAAGAUUCCAUUAUCAUGAUCUGGGAGCAGAUGUUGCAGUAGACACUGUUCUGUCCAACCUAUUUAAUCUUUCCUAAACAGAUUACUUUGUACCCUACACAAAGAAAAGAAAAGAAGAAAAGCAGCUUUUUAAUUACAUUUGAUUUGCAAUUUGUGCAUGAAAUGUUCUUUUUUAUAUAUUUUUUUCCUCAUGAAAGCGAAUUCUGCUUUACAAGUGUACAAAGCAGGAAAGGAAAUAAUCUUUCUAGCAAAGUGAUUUAGCUGUAGAUUUUUGUAUAAAAAGGCAAGAAAACAAACAAAACAAAAAAGAAAGAAAAUAAAAUAACUUAAAGAGCCAUCUUUGUCUACUCUAAGGUGUGAAAAUGCAAUUGGUGAGCAAAUACUUCCUUUUCACAAGCAGCCACUGCUUGCGAGUUGAGAGUUAUCCAGAGCUCCAGCUCUGCAGAAGAGAGAAAGCGAUUGGAAGUGCAGACUCACCAAUUGCUUCAUUAAUAAUGUGCUUUCAAAAACUGUCUCUUUUAAUACAUAGGGCAGAUUUCGUUUUUGAUUCUGUUACUUUAACAGUGACAGUUUUUGAAAAAUGUCAAGGAACUAACAUUUAAAAAAGAAACUUGAACAUAGUUUACAGUUUUGUAUAAAAUACGGUCAAUAUUAACAGUGUUUUUUAACAAUCAUAAGAGUGCCAAACAAUGUAAAGUGCGUACAUUCAUGUUUUUCCUUUCCUUUUUUGUUUUGAAAAGUACUGAAACCCACAGACACACGCACGCACACAUACAGACACACAUACAUCCCUAACUCUAAUCCUUUUUAAAGAAAAAUCAAAUGACAAUGUAUAUGGUCUAAAAUGUAUUUUAAAAUUGUUAAAUAAUAAUCGGUCAGGAAUUUUUUUUG